AUGUUCAGGGGCCGCAAGCGGCGUACGAACGGGCCCUCGCGCACGCGCGACUCCCCGCACCGCCGCGACCCCCCGCUCCGCGCUACGAGUCCCGUCCUUCCGCUGUGUGACUCCCGCACCGUUGCUCGUACAAACUCCCCGCUCCCGCUUGCAACUCCCCGCACCGCGCUGCCGAUCGACUCCCCAGCUCCGCUGCGACUCUCCGCCACCGCGCACCGCAACAACUCCCCGCACCGCUACGACUCCCCGCACCGCUACGACUCCCCGCACCGCUACGAUCCCGCACCGCUCGAUCCCCGCCGAGAGGGGCGGAGGGACUUGGGGAGUGGCGGGGGGAGGGGGGGAAGGUGGGGGGGGGGGGGGGGGCGAGAGGAGGGGGGGGAGGGGGGGUGGGUAGGUAGGGACGGGGAUGGGGUAGCAGGUGGGGGGAAGGGCGGGUGGGGAACUGCGGGGGGUGGAGGCGGAGGGGGGGAGGGAGGGGCGCGGGGUGGUGGACGGGACGUUGGGGGGUGGGGUGGGUGUUCAGGGGGAAGACGGGAUGGGCGAAACGGGGGGGUGGGGGUGGGCUCGGGGUGGGAGGACGGGGAGGGGAAGAAGCGGCCACAGGGGGCGGAGGGGGUGACGGAGUCUGGGCGGCGAGAGGAGCGCGUAGGAGAGGGGGGGGUGUAG